AUGUCGGUCAAGAUCGAGCGGGACACGAUUCGCCACGCCACCGAGGCCGUCGGUGGCAGCGGCGGCGGCACCGGCCACCUCGGGCUCAGGACCGUAGCUCGCGACCUGGUCCACGAUGUCGCUCACGAAACUCGCAUUCCCGGUACGAGUGGGAAGCAUCCCGUCGCAGAGGCCAUCGGGACCGCCGUGACUGGGGGCAGGCGGAAUGCCGGGACCAAAGGGUACCUGAUGGCCUACAUCAGCGAGCUGGAGAAGAACCCGCUGCGAACGAAGAUGCUCACGGCGGGAACUCUCGCUGGGUUGCAAGAACUGCUUGCCUCGUGGCUUGCCAAGGAUCGCAAUAAGCACGGAAACUAUUUCACCUCUCGAGUUCCAAAAAUGGCCACCUAUGGCGCCCUGGUCAGCGCGCCCCUAGGCCAUUUCCUGAUCUGGUGUCUUCAGAAGGCUUUCAAGGGCCGCACGAGUCUCCGCGCCAAGAUUCUCCAGAUCCUCAUUAGCAACCUGAUUGUCGCCCCCAUCCAAAAUGUCGUCUACCUUGUCGCUAUGGCUCUUAUUGCGGGCGCCCGAACUUAUCACCAGGUGCGCGCAACCGUGCGUGUGGGCUUCAUGAAGGUCAUGAAGGUUUCUUGGAUUUCCUCCCCGCUCUGCCUCGCUUUCGCCCAGGCUUUUCUUCCCGAGGCCGCUUGGGUGCCCUUCUUCAACGUCGUCGCUUUUAGCAUUGGUACCUACAUCAACACCAUGACCAAGAAGAAGCGACUUGCCGCCCUGCGCAAGAAGCACUUCGGCGAAGGCCGGGCGGGCUCCGCACCUGGCGGAAGGCCCGAGGACUACCCUCCUCCCCCUUCUUCGAUUGGGGGACCUAACCCGCCGUACUAA